AGUACUUAAAGUACUUUAGCUCUUCAACUUUACUUUCCCCUCUACACCUACCAUUCAAAAUAACUUCAAAAUGACUACCCUCCAUUAUCUUCCUCCCGUCAAGCCCUCCGCUAUUGCGCUGGGUACAAUCUUCACCCACACUGCCUCCCUGGGAAUCCUAGCCCCUGUCUUCGGUGAUACCUACCACCGCGCUCAAGCCGCCAACUCCAAGGAGGAAUUCAUCAAGUCGAAGGAGACUGCCGGCGCAGCCUGCAGCCUGGGGAAGCUCCCUCGUUGGAAGUGCCGCACACUGAGCUACAAGGGUGCUGCGUAUCUGGGUACACUUAUUUUCUUCGCAAGCUCAGCUCCAAGCGUUGUGAGCCAGGUCUUCUCCGAGAAGCGACCCCUCGACACUAUCGCUGUCGGUGCGGUCUCGAGGGUGUUCGAGACUGUUGGACUCAGUUUGUUCCUCACCUGGUGGGGAACACGUACUAACCCCUUCGACUAAAUGAUUGGAGAGAGUGAGAUGAAAGAUCAAGCAAGAACUUCUGGUUGUGAUCGGAUGUAUUUCCCAAGCUUUCACUUAACUAGUUAAUGGAUGUAAAUGUACACGAAUAUGACAUCGACGUAUUCCAA